AUGUGCGAACUUGGAGCUGGCUCCUUUGGGGUAGUGCAGAAGUGCGUGAAUUCCACAAAUGGCGGAGUUUACGCCAUGAAGACUAUUGAGAAGGCCCGCGUCAUAGAGAAGGACAUGGGGGAGCAAGUGAAGCGGGAGGUGCUGACACAAUUGAAGGUCAAGCACAAGAAUCUUGUCCGACUGCAUUACUACUUCGAAGAUGCGGCGAGGAUUUACUGCCUUUUGGAGUUUGCAGACCAAGGUCAGCUCUUUGCAUAUCUAAAGGCCGAGAAACGCCCGCUUCCGGAGCCGAGAGCUGCGUCGUUCUUCUUCGACACCGCCAGAGGCAUCGACUACCUGCAUUCCCUUCGCGUUGCACACAGGGAUCUGAAGCCUGAAAACGUUCUUCUUUUUGGUGACGAGCUGCUCGCAAAAGUGGGCGAUUUCGGAUGGUGCGUCGAGCUCACGGAUGGCCCAAGGCUUACUUUUUGUGGGACAUUGGAGUACGUUUCGCCAGAGAUGCUAUGCGGUGAACCGCAUGACGAAGCUGUCGACCUGUGGGCUCUCGGGGUACUUCUGUACGAGAUGCUCCUGUCCCACGCGCCUUUCCUUGGAUCCAAGAAAGAUUUGAUGGACAAAAUCUGUGAUGUGGAUUUCCACAUACCCAAGGGAUCCAUGUCCCCGGGUCCAGAAGAACUCAUCCGUGGCCUGCUUGUACGAUCUGGAUCAUGCCGGAUGCCGCUGAAACGGAUACUAGAGCAUGAGUGGUAUUUGUCUGUUUGUUAUGCACAGGAUGCGCUGGCUGCACGGACGGAACUGGCAGUAGGUGAUCAGCCACGGCCGAAAGCUCGCAGUCGGAAAAUCCGUAUCAGUACCUCUCUUCACAGGCAUCGGGGUAGACAUGUGCAAGAGAACUAG